AUGACUUCCCAGCAACCGGUAGCAAAGGCCUCGCCGCCGGGGUCCAUCACCUCCUCCGACCGCGGCGGGCUCGAAUCCAAGACGCCGGCCAUCGACGACAAGCGCCCCGUCGACGCGACGCCCCCGACGGCACCCGCGCUGGCGACGCAGGAGAAUCAGCGUAUGGAAGCGGCGCUCGGAGACGCGAUCCUCCGCUUCUUCAGAAUCCGCAAGGGCCCCAAGGGCGACGAGUACGACCUCGAUGCGAUCGCCACGCAACCCAGCAUCUGGGAUUCCGAGAACGUCGAAGAAUACAAGAGCCUCUACAUCCACCCGCAAUGGGAGAACUGGUCCGCCUUCGACCCGAACUUCCGCUGGACGUGGAGGGAAGAGCGUGAAACGCGCCGCAAGGUUGACUGGAAGAUCAUGCUCUGGGCCUGUAUCAUGUUUGCUGCCCUCAACAUCGACAGAAACAACAUCUCCAACGCCGUGUCGGACAACAUGCUCGACGACCUGAACCUGACUCGCGGCGACUACAACCUCGGCCAAACCAUCUCUCGAGUCGGUUUCCUCGUUGCCGAACUUCCGUCCCAGUUGAUCUCCAAGCGUAUCGGACCCGAUUUGUGGAUUCCCAUCCAGAUUUGCCUGUUUUCCACCAUUUCCGGCGCGCAGUUCUUCCUCAAGGGACGGGCCUCUUUUCUCGCCACAAGAUACCUGAUCGCGACGUUCCAAGGUGGCUUCAUCCCCGACACGAUCCUCUACCUCAGUUACUGGUACACCGGUACAUCGCUUCCGAUCCGCUUGGCUUGGUUCUGGAUGUCUUCGCAGCUGGUCGAUAUUGGAGUCGGUUUUGCCGCCGUCGGACUCGUAUCCAUGCGUGGUAUCCUUGGCUACGAGGGAUGGAGAUGGCUUUUCCUCAUCGAGGGCGCAUUCACUUUCCUCGUGGGAUUGGCGUCGUUCUUCCUCAUGCCCCAGUGCCCGUCCAAGACAAAGAGCUGGUGGAACCCCAAGGGCUACUUUACCGAAAAGGAAGAGAAGAUCAUUGUCAACUCUGUGAUUCGCGAUGACCCUCAAAAGGGAGGAAUGUACAACCGACAGGGUCUCUCCGUCAAGCAGAUCUGGGAGUGCUCCAAGGACUACGACAUGUGGCCCCUGUACAUCCUGGGCCUGCUGUUCGGCCUGCCAAAGUACCCCGUCAACCAGUACCUGACGCUCUCGUUCCGAGGCCUGGGAUUCAACGUCAUCGAGACCAACCUGCUGUCCAUUCCCAACGUCGUCGGCUCAUGUCUCACCAUGCUCAUCAUCACGGCCGUCAGCGAGCUGCUGAACAACCGCAGUUUCGUAGCCAUGGCCGAGGACGCCUGGCUGCUGCCCUGCUUCGUAGCCUUGAUUGCGCUGCCCGAUCCGAUCAGCUCUUGGGCAUAUUUUGCCAUUGCUACAGUAUUGCUGUCGUUCCCAUACACACAUCCUAUCCAAGUGGCAUGGACUAGCAGAAAUGCCGGCUCGGUCCAGAACAGAACAGUCUCGGCUUCGCUCUACAACAUGUGGGUGCAAGUCAGUGGCAUGAUUGGUGCAAACAUCUACCAACCCAGCGACUCGCCCCGAUACUUCAAAGCCAAUACUGGUCUCCUGGUCAUCUGUGUAUGGAUGUGUCUUGUGCAAUACCCGGCUACAUACUUCUACUACAAUUGGAGAAACAAAUCCAAGGCCAAGAAGUGGGAUGCCAUGACGCCGGAGCAGCAGCACGACUACCGCGCCAACACUACCGACAAAGGAAACAAGCGGCUCGAUUUCCGCUUCGCGACUUAG